CACAUGCAUUUUUCGUUUCCUUUCUUUGCACAGGUUGUAGGCAGCGAAGCUCAUAAAAGACAGCACCAGCAGAAGAUAGCUGAAAAUUUAAUUUGUACUAUACGCACAUCAAGUCAAUUGUUAAUUUUGCUGGAGUUCAAGUGACUAAUUAAACACAAAAGGACAAAUAGGCCGGGGUCUCAUUAUUUACACCAAACUAAUUACAAGAACAAGUUCAUGAUGGCCAGAACUGGGACGAAGCGGAAGAUUAGCGAAAGUAGUCAGAGUUCCAAGAAUGAAGGUACAACUUCGGUUUCGUCAAAUAAAAAUGCAGGAAGCAGUAGGGCCGAUAACAAUACUGGGAUUGCUGAACGUGGACAAACGGCUGGUGGGACAGAAACAACAGAAAAUAGUACAAAAACGAACAGUGGGCCGGAUCAUACCGACCCAGCAGAAACAAAUGACGAGGGCGAGUUUUAUGUGGAGUCGAUUCGAGAUAUGAAAAUUGAAAACGGAAAGCGUUACUUCCUCGUCAAGUGGUCCGGAUAUGACGAAAAAGACAAUUCUUGGGAGCCUGAGGAGAACAUGCAGGGCAGUCAAAAACUCAUAUCAGAAUAUACAUCACGACUAAAGCAAUUAAACUCACAAAAAGAACAAGCAGCGAAAAAGAAACAAAAUUCUAUUGAGAUUGUCGCAAAGAAGCCAAAAUUGGAAUAUGUUGCAACUGUUGACUUGACUGAUGUACAAAGUAGUACAAAGAAAGCAUCAAGCACUGUUGUCUCUCGUACUAACGUAGUAGCUAAGCUGAAACCUCAGAUUCAGGUUCUUGGUAGCUUGGGACAAAAUAUAAAGUUGUUAUCUUUCCAAAACAACGACUUGGUCAAGUCAGUUCAGCAGACAGGCAAUAAGCAGAAUGCCCGUCAUUUGCAACCCCUGCGCCGUAAUAAUAUCACAGUGAUUCCUUCUCCUUCAACUCCUCUCUUGAUGCAGCCGAAAAAUCAACCAACCUCUGCCGUUAUAUCGAAACAACAAAAUGACAAUUUCAGUGAGCCGCAAAUGUUGUCACUCGUAUACAAUUUUCUACUUUGGAUCAACAAUAAUUUUCAGUUGCUCCAGUUUAAUAUUGAGAACAGUCAGGAUCAAUUACAUAAGCUGGUCGUCACUGAAGAUAUUAAAGGACUUCACCCCCUUAUUUUGUAUGGUAUUAUACAAGCUGAGGACAAGAAUAGGUACUGCUUUGUUCAAUUUGAGGAACACAACUAUAUUGACUGCGUUACUCCCGUCAAUCUCUGCAGAAGAAUCCCCGGAAUUGAUGGUUUCAUCAAAAAUCAAAUCGACAUUGCGAGAAAUAUGAAAUAGGCAGGCGUUGUAGGUGGCUAGAAAUAUUAUUGAAAAUUCUCUAUUUAGAACUUUGAAAUGGAAUGCUUCCGAUUGUGAGUACUUUUUAUACUGGUCUUAGUUUAUGAAAAUUCAUUUUUCACAUUUUGUGGUGUAACGACUCCGUUACUUGUAUAUUACAUUCACAGAUAAUAUAUUACUUAGGUGGCAAUCAUUCCAUGAAAUGUUAGUUUAUGUUGAAACAAAAAUGUAACAACAGAAAUGUUGUUAGUUGGUACAAUUUUUCCUAUGAAAAACUUCUGGUGAAAAGACUUAUGAAUUAUGCAUUCACCACUUUCUAUUUAUUUAUUUAUAUUUAGUUAGAUUUAUUUGUUGGUCAAAUAAAGAUAAUAAAUGUUUCAAUGAUAAAAAAAAUUCAUUCUCAUUAUUCUGACUCUGUUAAAUGCAUAAAACUCAUAAUCACGUAACAUAUCAACCAUUGAGGAAUCAAUGACGGGAAGGUUGGUUACAAAAGUUUCUUAUUUCACAUGUGCACAUAAAAUUGUGAGAUUUUGUUUUGUAACAUUUUGGGAUUUUAAUUCUGAGUGAUAUGAGUAGUAUAAGUUAGGGUCCCUCCCAGUGGAAUGAAUUGCUUGGAAAUAUUUCUUAGUAGCUGGUUUUCAAACAAGUUUAUCAUUCCAUCGGUAGUUACGAAUCUUGUUCAGGUUAGAUAUUUUCAUCCGACCUGCAAUAUGGCCCAUUCCAAGUGGGAAUACGUGAGGAAGUUCGAGACCAACAACGAUAAGCUGCUCCCCGGUACUUGGGCCGUUGCGAGAAUUGAUGGAAGAGGCUUUCACAAAUUUGCAAAAACUCAUAAAUGGACACGUCCAAAUGAUCUCCGUGGGAUCAACUUAAUGAACCAUGCCGCAAAGGUGGUGCUGAACGAGUUCGAGGACAUUAUUUUGGGAUAUGGACAAAGUGAUGAAUAUUCAUUUGUUUUCCGUCGAGAAACCGAAGUUUUUGAGCGUCGUGAAACAAAGAUAAUUACGACACUUGUAUCGAAAUUUGCAUCAGCUUACGUAUUCCACUGGUCCAAGUAUUUUCCUGAUGAGCAACUCCUAUAUCCUCCGUCCUUUGAUGGGCGUAUAGUUUUAUACCCUACAGAUGUCAGUUUAAGAGAUUACCUUUGUUGGCGUCAAGCGGACUGUCACAUUAACAAUUUGUACAACACAACAUUCUGGAAUUUAGUUCUUAAAGGAAAUCUAACAAAUAAUGAGGCUGAAAAAAGACUUUCCGGAACUUUGUCAGGGGACAAAAAUGAAAUAUUGUUUUCUCAGUUUGGAAUCAACUACAAUGAAGAACCAGAAGUUUUUAGAAAAGGGACCGUUCUGGUGCAGAAGGAAAAGUCUCCAAAAAUGCCACGAAAACAUUACAUGCAGCAAAAAGAUAAGGCAGCGGAUCAUCAGAAACAAGCUUCUUCAGCAGAAGAUCAACAGUCCAAACUAACAAAAAUUGAAGAACGAAUGGAAUCUAUUACUGAAUUAAAUUGUGAUAUUAUAGGACAAAAGUUUUGGGACGACUACCCGCACUUAAUUAAUCCCAAUGCAACAAAGUCUAAAUCACAGCCAGCCAGAUAAUAAACAAUUUAAUCUUAUUUAUAAUUUUGUAAGUGUAACUUUCUUUUUUAUCGAUCCUAUAAAAUAAAAGCAAUUCAUUUUCAGGA